UCAGAAAACAGGUUGAACGAAAAUCCAUCCUCUCCAGCUAAAUAUGGCGCACAAAUAGGCCGGAUAGGCAUACGACAACUUGGGGGGAGAGGCUUCUUGUCUCUUAUAACGUUUAAUCAUUCAAAUUUAGCGCUGAUUGUCCUGUGUGAACAGAUAACGUUAGUUGCCAUUAGCGAAUAGGCGCACGCAGGCAAGGUGGCACCCCUCGAAACUGGCGGAGAUCAGUCCUAGCUGGCUAAUUAUAUCAAUUGAAAACGCAGCUAAAGCGAGUCCCUGUUUGGAAUACACUGGCACAUUGUACAUUUUAAGAUCUACUAUUUGUGUUGAAGUGCCGGUGAUGCUAGCUAGCUACCUAGCAGGCUGACUAACGCUUAGCUUGUUACUUUGGGGUGGAACAUGGAAACACAGCGCCUGAUGGCAGAGCCUGUACCGGGGAUCAAAGCAGAGCCCGAUGAAGGGAAUGCCCGCUACUUCCAUGUGGUGAUCGCAGGGCCCCAGGACUCCCCCUUCGAAGGGGGCACCUUCAAACUUGAACUCUUUCUGCCUGAGGAGUACCCCAUGGCAGCCCCCAAAGUCCGGUUUAUGACCAAAAUCUACCACCCCAACGUGGACAAGCUGGGAAGAAUAUGUCUAGACAUUUUAAAAGAUAAAUGGUCCCCAGCCCUGCAGAUUCGUACAGUCCUGCUGUCCAUCCAGGCUUUACUUAGUGCUCCUAACCCAGACGACCCUCUCGCAAAUGAUGUGGCAGAGCAGUGGAAGUCUAAUGAAGCCCAAGCCAUUGAAACAGCUCGGACAUGGACCAGGCUGUAUGCUGGAAACAACAUUGAAGUCUAACAAGAAAGAAAAAAAGAGAAAGAAAACCAUGAAAAAGAAGAUUUGGAGCGUGAGUGUAAAUUGCUCUCGUUCUGCCAAGACCCUACCCCUUCUUUCUUCGUUUGCAUUUAAAGGACACUGUCUUAGACAAAAUGUAUAAUAAUAAAAAAAAGCAAAAAAAUAAAGAAUAUAUUCAGUGAGAAAAAAAAAAUACAACCACAACUUUACAGACUACUGCAGACCUUUUGGUUAUUUCAAGAGGCGUUGGUGAGGCAUUGGUUGCUCAUCCCACUUUCACAGCACCCAAAGCUUAUAUCGCUUGCUAUACAACACAUGGUUGUUUUCUGUUUCUCUGUGGAUGGGCUGCCAUAUUUGACGCCCAAGCCUUGCUUUAGGCUCACAGGUGUCGGGGUUCCAAACAUCGGUUAGCAUCGGUUAGCAUCAUCCAGAAUCUUUAUUGAUAUAACUUGAAUCUGAGGGUGUUGGUGCUACAUUUAAAAAAAAAAAAAAAUUAAAAAAAAAAUGUUUGACCACUCUCUUAAUGAAAUGGCUGCUACCGGACGGACUCGACUAUGCUCCUCACAACUUGGCUGUUAUUGUCUGUAACGCUUAACCUUCAAGCUGCUCUUGUGUUUGGAACCCCAUUUGUAGAACUUGCAGUAUAGGUAGUGACAUGGGGAGGGCAGGUCAGCUAGUUGCCUUUUGGGCAUGGUUGAAAACAGGGGGGGGGGGGGGACUGAGGGGAGGUGGGCGUGCAAAAGAUGUACUAUUUACUUUGUUUUAAUGUUUUUUCCCAUCCCUCUCUAUGAAGCCUAGGUUCAUUAUACGCAUGCAGUUAACCAGCUUAGACUUUGAGCUAACAGACAAUGCUGUGUGGGAAUGUUGAGAAUGAUGCUUGUCCUUUUUUUCUUUUUAAUUAUUAUUGUCCUUUUUUUAUUGGGGCUGAGAAUACAGUCAGUGACAUAAAAAAUCUGUGUGGGGGGGAAAGGCACUCUGAAAACACUAGCGUCAGUAAAACGCUGAGAUCCCCAUAGGCUUGUGUGGCUUCUGUACGGCUCUGUCUGGGGAAAUGAAAACUGUAAAUGUUAUGUUUUAGUAAAAUAUUUUUUGUUAUGCUA